CCCAUCUACAACUUCAAUUGAGCCCACCAUGUUCCUCCAACGCUCUGCCUUCGCUGCUGCGCGCCGAGCGGCAGUAUCGCCCAUCAUCAAGCGCAGCAUCACGAAUUCUUUCGUGCGCCGAGAAGCAGCACCCGCGAGCAGCUCCAAUGCUGGAAAGAUAAAGAAAUUCGAGGAAAUCAAGGAUGAGACAGACCUCAUCGGUCCCGGAGCAGCAGUCGCAACGGUGCCCACGGACUUGGAGCAGGCGACCGGAUUGGAGCGAUUCGAGAUUUUGGGGAAGAUGCAGGGCAUUGAUGUUUUUGAUAUGAAGCCAUUGGAUGCUUCUCGCAAAGGCACGCUCGAGAACCCCAUUAUCGUCAAGUCUGCUGGGGAUGAGCAGUAUGCUGGUUGUACCGGCUACCCCGCUGAUUCCCAUGUCACCAUUUGGCUCACUAUGUCCCGCGAUCGCCCAAUUGAAAGGUGCCCAGAGUGUGGGAAUGUCCUGAAGAUGGAUUAUGUUGGUCCGACUGAAGAUCCCCACGCUCAUGAUUCACACGGUCAUGAUGCACAUGGGGACGGACACCACAACUACGAGGAGCCAAAGAACUUUGCUGAUUUCGUUCGUCCUGAAUACCGAUAGAUUGAGCAUACUGGUAACCGGGGAACGGGUACUUUGUGACGGAGGGAAGUGGAUGUUGUAGAAUACUCGUCAAUUGAAGAAUUUCCCCUUUGCACAACUUUUUGUCAAGC